AUGACUGAGAAACCACAUCCCAGGCUUGGUGUCGCUGCUGUUAUCAGCAAUGCAGAGGGCAAAUUCCUCGUUGGCAAACGCAAGGGCGGCCUCGGCGCAGAAACAUCGGAGGGGAAAGGAGAGAGUAGAGUCAGAAAUGCAGAGAGCAUUAUAAUUGAUCAAAAUGAUAUUUGGAGAAAUUAUUAUAUGGAGUUGCUGACCAAACGUGGAAAUAUACAGGCACAUUGGGGUUUCCGGGCGGUCACCUUGAGCAUGAUGAGAAAUCCUGGUGCCGUACCUCGGGUUAUGGAGCCCGAAAAGUGCGAGGGGUGGGAGUGGAAAUCGUCGAAUGAGCUGAAGCAGAUUGCGGAGGCAGCGAAGCCCGAUUCUUGUGGUGAAAGGUUGUUUUUGCCUCUGGUCAAUCUGAUCAAGAAGGUAUUGUCAGAAGACAUGGAUCUUAACGCCUACAUUAUGAGUCGAUGA